UUCGGUCGGCUUCGUUCCUGGGGGAAAACAGUACAAUGUGCCCCCAAGAAAGAUGGCGACGGAGGAGCCGGGGGUGGGACUUCAGUAAACUGUUCUCCGGGGAGGGCGGUGCGAUGCGUCCUCAACAAAGAUGGCGCCUCAGGGGGCUGGGAUUCAGGAACUCGGGAAAGCCGGCGCGAUGUGCCCUUAACAAAGAUGGUGUCUUUUUGGUUGUUUGUGUGUUUCCGGCGGGACGGCUCACGCCCCGGAAGUGGGAGCAGUGUAGCGCAUGCGCAGAACGGGCGAGGAAAUGGCGGAUAGCGGGAAGGCUCGUCCUGGCCCGGCGUCUCCUGCUGCUGGCAAAGCCUUGACGGCGGAGCAGGUGCUGGGCGGGGCGCGGGCGGGGCGGGCAGAGCCACCGCAUACGGCAGGGGGGCGGAGCUGGGCGCGUGCGGGGCAGGGUGUCGCACCCACGCGUAGGGCAGAGCGAGCACGUGCCGGAUGGACACCUGUCGCUAUGUGGGGUGCAGCGCUGGGUGGGACCACUGUUCGCAUUGCGGGGGAGGGGACAGUGGGACCACUGUCCCAAUCCCCCAGCCGGCGCGUCCUGAUCCCCCGGGCUCUGCGUCGGGCCAUGCUGGGUCCUGCCAUGUGCCCCCACCCGACUCCUCAUCCUCCUCUCUCCGCCCGGCAGAUCAACAAGAUCAUCGAGACGCUGAACCAGCAGCUGCAGACGAAGGGCCGGGAGCUGAACGAGUUCCGGGAGAAGCACAACAUCCGCCUCAUGGGCGAGGACGACCAGAAGCAGCCGCCGAAGGACAGUGCGGAGGGCAGCGGGCCCAAGGCCAGCUCUGCCGGCGUCCUGGUCUCCUAGGCGACUCGCCCCAUGCCCUGCCCCCUUCCCCAAGGACUGUCCACCCCCUUCCAGGGCCCUGGUUCUCUCCCCCACACCCAGCUUAACUUUAUUACUUGGGCGUCUCGUGUUGUAUUUUUGUUAAAUAAAUUUUUUUUUGGUCGUGA